GUUCGGAGCGUUUGCACGUAUCAUCGUGAGAGUCGUACGUUCGAUUUUUGUACCUCCAAACCAAACAUUCCAUCACUUUUUAUUCCCAAAGUGUGACACACUGAGUGAAGUUUGGCAAAUCCAGCAUCAACUGUGGACCACACAAGUCCAGCAAAAACUGAUAUAACUAAACAUUCCCCUGAUCUCCGCGAAUCGGUCAAUCGAAUGUGACAUACCAUGCUUGACGGUUUAAUGUAGACAAGCGAUAAAGUUACUGUGUACUGUGCAAAUAUCCGUAGAGUCACUGAGAUUCUACCCGAUGGAGGUUCUAAAGUGAUGUUGUGCUUAGUUCCUAGUUAACAAAAUUGAGAGAUACCCACAAUAGCUAGUAGCGGGCGAGAGUAUUUGUGAAAGACAAAUCUCUGCAGGGAAAAAGGAUAGAUACUCAUCGAGGGAUUGCCUCUGCAGCCAGCAAAACCCAAAGAUAGCCUCACAACGUAUUGAUAUAGCAAAAGGAGAGAGAAAAAAAAGUGGAACCGAAGCACUUGUCAUGGGUUCCCACUAAUUGACAUUUUGAUUUCAACGCACUCUGACCCGAAGAGAUCAAUUUUCAAUUGGAAAAAGAAACGGUUGCAUCGGUGCCACGGCGUAGAGGACUUUCUGUUUGUUUCAAUAAGUUGUGAUUGUGUGUGUUUUGGGACACAUUACAUUUCGUUCUUUUUUCCAACAAUGAUUAACUCUUUUCACAUUUCGUGCUAUCGCAAGGAGGAAAUGUGAACUCAUUUGAAUUUGUAAUGAAUUAAGCAAAUUUGCAUCAGCACACACACACAUACGUACACGCGCUGGUUCGGGUUUAAGCGUAUACCUGCAACGGGUGUGUUCAUGACAAGGAGUUGAUCAGGAGACCGGAACAUGCCAAGGUAUUCCUGCACCCUUUCGCUGUGACUGGACCAACCGUGCUCAACGACCGGUGAUCGGGUUUCGUGAGAACAAUAGUGAGGGCAACAAAGGGACACUGACACAGGAAUUGACUGGGCAGAAUUUGCCAGUGUUUCUGAUUGGCUGAUCGUGAUCCCUGGUGUGUUGUUCAGUGCGGUGAACAGUUGCUAUGACAUAGACGGUGUUCGGACUCAGAAGUGUGACAAUCAGAAACCUGAGCCCCAUCUUGGAGCCCUACCCCGCCAGCGUGGAGGGGCUAAACAGCCCUAGAGCGGUGGGGAUGGCCGCCGCCACGUACAUGACAACGUCAGCCGGCGAUUUGGACAUGGCUCUCGGGGGUGGCUAUCACACGUCCUCGCCGCGAAGCGCCACGGACGCUGGCGAGAUGAAGUACAUGCAACACCACCACCAUCAUCAUCAUCAGGUGCCGUCCAGUCCCAGUCCCAACACGGGCGGUCUGGGAGCUGUGACGACGGGUCUGGGCGGGGUGGGUGGCAAUCCCUGGGCCGCUCUGCAUCCCAGCGAUCCCUGGGCUCUGCAGUCCCACCACUCGCACCACCAUCCGGCCGACGUGAAGCAGGAGAUGCACUUGUCCCAGCAGUCGCGGGCACAGCAGGGCAUGGCCUCACCUCACGCCUGGCAUGCCCCCGUGCACGCGUCGGCCCAUUACGCCCCGACGGGCGGCUCACCCCUGCAGUACCACCACGCCGCGAUGAACGGCAUGCUCCACCAUCCGGCCCAUCCGCACCAUCAGGGCAGUGCCCCACUCCACCACGCCCUGCGCGGCGGCGACUCACCCCAACUGCACCUGCACCCUCAUCAUCUCCAGGGCGAUCGCGACGUGAGCGCCGGCGAGGAGGACACCCCCACGUCGGACGACCUGGAGGCGUUCGCGAAGCAAUUCAAGCAGAGACGGAUAAAGCUGGGCUUCACGCAGGCGGACGUCGGACUCGCCCUGGGGACCCUCUAUGGCAAUGUGUUCUCGCAGACAACGAUAUGUCGCUUCGAGGCGCUGCAGCUGAGCUUCAAGAACAUGUGCAAGCUGAAGCCCCUGCUGCAGAAGUGGCUGGAGGAGGCGGACUCCACCACGGGCUCGCCGACGAGUAUCGAUAAGAUUGCGGCGCAGGGGCGGAAGCGGAAAAAGCGGACGAGCAUCGAAGUGUCGGUGAAGGGGGCACUGGAGCAGCACUUCCACAAGCAACCCAAGCCGUCGGCGCAGGAGAUCAGCAGCCUGGCGGACUCGCUGCAGCUGGAGAAGGAAGUGGUGCGGGUAUGGUUCUGCAAUAGGAGGCAAAAGGAGAAGCGAAUGACGCCUCCCAAUACGUUAGGGAAUGAAAUGAUGGAUGGCAUGCCGCCGGGACACAUGCACGGGGGCCACGGGGGCUACCAUCCGCACCACGAUGUCCAUGGGAGCCCCAUGGGCACGCACAGUCAUAGCCACAGCCCACCGAUGCUCAGUCCGCAGAAUAUGCAGAACGCCGGCGGUCACCAGUUAGCGGCUCACUAGCAAUCCGAGAACCAGGAGUCCACUCCAGGCGACUCGCCACCGUCAACUGUGGCCGCUUCGGCGACAUCUCCAACUCCGCCGCCGGCCUCCUCGAUCGGGCCCCCGGCGCCACAGAUGACGUUCAGUACCUCGCGCCAGCAGAUGGCCAACGCUGCCGUGGCGGCAAUGUACAUAGAUCACAGGUAUCCGCCGUCGGCCGCAGCGCCCCCACCACCCCCGCCAUCUCAUCUGUCCGGCCAGCAGCCGCCGCUGCACCACCAGCUCAUGAUGCCGCCCCAGUCGACCAGCACGUCGCCCACGGCGGCCCACCUCAUGGUCAACCAUCAGCAGCAACUGCUGCACGCCGCCGCGGCCGCGGCCGCGGAGGGUGGCCAGCAGCAGCAGCAGAGCCAGCAGCAACAGUACCACGCGAGACGCCUAUUCCAGGAGUGGACCCUGCAAUUCGGCACCGCCGCAGCCGCCGCGAGCGCUGCGAACGGUGUCCACCAUCGUCACUUCACCAACUUCAGCAACUCGGGUGAAUAAUCGAUGGUCCAGUAGGUGCAAUUGUGCCCCCCAAGAUGCACACACCCCCCCCAGUGACUCUCUUGAGAGAUCGUGGUGAAAAAUUAGCUAAAAGUGGUAGUUUUAGGAGUCUAGACGUAGAAAGAUGAAAGAAAAAAAACACAGUGAAUGAGUGAAGGCAGCACUCUUCUCUUCAGUGCCGGUGGGCACGAGGGUGAGGACGAUCUAUGAAAUUGAUUAAUAAGACUAUGAACCAAAUAAAACAAAUAUUUGAAUUGAUACAAAAAAGAAACAAGUAAAAAACGCGCCGCCAGGUGUUUAGUACAAGUGAUAUACAUUAAAAAUACACUAUAAUUAAAUGAUGAUGAAAAAAUGAAAUACUUUAAAUAAGUACAUAACAUAAUAUAUUAUUAAUUAUUGUGCGAAUGUUCUGUAUAUUUCAAAAAAAGUAAUCUCUCCUUCACACAUUCACAAAUCCCCACAAAUAGAAGCAAAAGAAGAGAAGAAAAAAUGUACGAGAUGUCUUACAGAAGAAAAAAAUGCACACACCACACAUGAAAUGGUGUUUGGCGAAUAGCAACAAAUUAAUUCGUUCCAAUUUAUUGACGACUUGCGAUUUCAAUGUGAGUAUCUUCUCAAAUGAAAAAUUUAUCUUGACUUUAGUGUUGAGCGCAGAUGCGAGAAAAAACUUAUCCUCCAUGUGCAUUUUAUUUCAUUGACACGCAUUCCCAAAGCUCCGAGCUAUGAAAAGCGCGCUGGCUCUCGAAUCCUUUCCUUUUUGCAUUGCUCAAGUUGUGCGUAACACGCGUCAGAGAUGGAUUUUAAACGCUGAAUGCGGUGGGGGGCAAAGGGGAGGCAAGUGCAGAUUGAUUUUCACGAGGAGGAAAACAUAUAUAGCAAUUUUAUGGAUUUUUUGCUCAACCCGCUGCAUGUUUGAUUCUGCGCUGUGGUUGAUGUUGUUUUUUUCAUCCCCAGCAUAUAAGCAAAUAUUGUGACGUGAAAAAUGACAAACGAUCAAAAAUGAGAGUGAAAAUUGGCUUAGAAUUCCGUCUUGCAACACUCACGCUGAAUUAUCCACUUUGACAGGGUUUUGUUCGGUCGCGCGGCGCGCACAAAAUUUGUAUGGCAUUAUUGAAGUGAUCUCAUUUUGAGUGGAUGAAAAAGUGGUGUCUAUACUCGAUAACUUCACAGUCUUGUCAGGUUUUUAUUUCACUGUAAAUACCACGGAUCUAAUUAGAGUAAUAGAGGCAGACAUGAAACUUGUCAGUGAGUAGCGCCAGAAUUGACAAAAAACGUCAAAACAUCGUUAAUAAUUUAAGGAAGAAGCAAGAAAUUAUGCAAAUUCACAGCCGAGACUGUUGGCUCACGAGAGAUAUGAAUUUUUAUGUCCACGGAAGACUCCGCAGGGCAGAAAUUGCUGUGUAUCUUUCACUCUUAGACAGUUGGCAUUUUGCAAAGAGAGAUGUGCAUACAGUUUUUUGGUGGCAAAAGUUCUGUUUAACAAGUCGAUCGAUUUCUUUCUCCUUCGUCCCAGUAACAAAUUCACAGAAAUCUUAUGUAGUGUGUAGGUGGCACUCAAGUAGAAUCUCAAGACCAGUAAAAUGCUGUUUAAUUUCCACCAUAAAUAUCAUUUCACCAGACAUGAGAGCAAGUGCGAAGAUGCAAAUUGUGAGAAAGAUGAGAGGGAACGUACAGUAAUUGUUAAUAUGUCAUAUUGACAGCAGAAAUUUCGUCUGGGCUCUGCAGUAAAAUGUAUAAAGAGAUGAUGGAAAAAAAUAGUGAGUGAAUAAAAAGUGAGGAGUUAAAAAAAAACGACAUAAGUAAACCAAAGACACAGCAAUUAAUCAAUAUUAUCUAUCAAUAAAUAAAUAAAUAUUAAUAUUUUAUUUUUUUCAUGUUGAAUUUGUCACCUACUCAACUGCAAAUAGCCAGUUUUACGUAACUACCUUUUUCUUCUAUUUUGACCCCCUCCCGAACCGCCCGCAAUGUAUAAAAUACAAUUUUGAUGGUAGAGGCGUGAAGAGAAUUGUGUAUAGAAAGAACGCGAUGAAUACACAGAAUGAAAAUCCACAAGAGUGUGUAAUAGCAAAGAUGGAGGAAAAAAACCAACAAAUUUUUCGUAUAAAUAGAAAAUAAAUUGAAUGAUAGAGUGGAAGAUGAAAUAAAUCUGUAAAUACUGUAGAGGCAAAAAAAUCUAUAAAUACACUUACAUAUAGAUGAUAAAAUUAGUGAUCCAAUAUUUGAUUUAAAAUGUGCAUAUACGAGAAAAAUGCAGAAAAUAAUCAUAGAGGAAAGGAUGAGAAUUCAGAGACAAGAGGAGAGAGUGAAUAAGUGGAGGAAGCAAAUAAGUUUUUUACCUAAUUUUAAUCAAAAAAAGAAAAGGAACAUGACGAUGAAAAGACACAAUUCUGGAUUCCAGGCGCGAAGAACAGAACUUUUGACAAAAAUUUCUUUUAUAUAUUUUUUAUUUUAUUAUUAUUUUUUUCUAUUGAGAAAUUAUUCUUGUUGUAAUACGAGGUACAAUAAAUAUGCGAUGAUGAUGGAUAUAGAAAAAAAGAAUGAGGAGAGAAGAUGAAUGAGAAAAAAAUUCUUGUAUAAUUCUUAUAUAUUUAAAAUGAAAAAGUGAAGGAGUAAAAAAAAGGAGAAUGACGAGGAGUGUGGCGAUGAUGCAAAAAGAAAUUCCACUUUAAAACACAUGAAAAUUACAAUUAUUAUUAUUACUUAAUUAUUAAUUAUUAUUAUGGUACGAUGUAAAUGGAUUUAGUCGAUUUUCGAUUUAAUAAAAGAGGAGAAAAAAUCAAUUUUAUUAAAAAUAUUUAUGAUG